CUUUAGAAAGAGAGUGAGUGGGGUAAUGCUCCUGUAAACCCUGCAGCGAUUGCAAUAUUAAUAUAUAACAUAAGAUAAAACUCGUUGAAAUAAAACAUUCACCAUUCAAAAAUAUAGCCGGGAAACGUGCAUUUGUUUCGACACAAACUGAGUAUCCUUACUAGCGGUUCUAGCUAACCGUACGUCUUUCUUGAAAAUAAGCGGACCAAGGUGACCACUCAGAAUCAUACAUAUUUGACAGCUUGCAUUUGGAGCUUACAGAAUAUUACCCGCAAUAGGCUACUUUAGCUAUCUGAUAGCCGUUGAUUGUGAUGUCGGACUCUGUCGGUGACGGGAAGUUGGAGGUGAAACAGGCCAGUAAAGAAGUCAAAGAGAGCGAGAAUGUAGCGGAAAAAUAUUCGGCGAUGACAGUGAGCAAGAACAGCGAGAUGAACGUUGGUGAACUAUCCGCAGCGUUCACUGCGGUCCCUACUCACAAAUCUGUCAAGAAGCAGAUCCAGUUUGCAAACCAAGAGGACAAGCAGGAGUUCAGCAAGUUUCCCACCAAGGCAGGACGACGUUCCCUCUCCCGCUCCAUCUCCCAGUCCUCUACUGACAGCUACAGCUCAGCGGCCUCGUACACGGACAGCUCGGAUGACGAGACCUCGCCUCGGGACAAGACGCAGGUCAACUCCAAGGGCGGCAGCGACUUCUGCGUGAAGAACAUCAAGCAGGCCGAGUUCGGCCGCCGAGAGAUUGAGAUCGCCGAGCAAGACAUGUCUGCCCUGAUCUCUCUCAGGAAGAGGGCACAGGGAGAGAAGCCCCUCGCUGGAGCCAAAAUAGUGGGCUGUACCCACAUCACUGCCCAGACUGCUGUGCUGAUUGAGACUCUAGUUGCUCUGGGGGCAGAGUGCCGCUGGACUGCCUGCAACAUCUACUCCACGCAGAACGAAGUGGCCUCUGCACUAUCAGAGAGUGGGGUUGCUGUCUAUGCCUGGAAGGGGGAGUCGGAGGACGAUUUCUGGUGGUGCAUCGACCGCUGCGCCAACAUGGAGGGCUGGCAGGCCAACAUGAUCCUGGAUGAUGGUGGUGACCUGACGCACUGGGUAUAUAAGAAGUACCCCAACGUCUUUAAGAAGAUCCAGGGUAUCGUGGAGGAGAGUGUCACUGGCGUACACAGGCUGUACCAGCUGUCCAAGGCCGGCAAGCUCAGCGUUCCUGCCAUGAACGUGAAUGACUCGGUCACCAAACAGAAGUUUGACAACAUGUACUGCUGCCGGGAGUCCAUUUUGGAUGGGCUGAAGAGGACCACUGAUGUGAUGUUUGGUGGAAAGCAAGUUGUUGUUUGUGGUUACGGAGAGGUCGGGAAAGGCUGCUGCACCGCGCUGAAGGCCCUGGGAGCCAUCGUCUGCAUCACAGAGAUCGACCCCAUCUGUGCUCUGCAGGCCUGCAUGGACGGCUUCAGAGUUGUGAAACUGAACGAGGUCAUUCGCCAGGUGGACGUCAUCAUCACGUGCACAGGAAAUAAGAAUGUGGUGAUUAGAGACCAGCUGGACCGUAUGAAGAAUGGAUGCAUCGUGUGCAAUAUGGGCCACUCCAACACAGAGAUCGAUGUGGCCAGCUUACGGACCCCAGAACUCACCUGGGAGAGGGUGCGGUCACAGGUGGACCACGUCAUCUGGCCCGAUGGCAAGAGGGUUGUCCUCCUGGCUGAGGGACGCCUUUUGAACCUGAGCUGCUCCACAGUUCCUACGUUCGUCCUGUCAAUCACAGCCACAACUCAGGCUCUGGCCUUGAUCGAACUGUACAACGCACCGGAGGGCCGGUACAAACAGGACGUCUACCUGCUGCCCAAGAAGAUGGAUGAGUAUGUUGCCAGCCUGCACCUUCCCACUUUUGAUGCCCACCUGACAGAACUCUCAGACGAGCAGGCAAAGUACUUGGGCUUAAACAAGAAUGGCCCAUUCAAACCCAACUACUACAGAUAUUAGUGCAGAUGGACCAGAGUGCACUUCCAGAUGUAC